CUGAAUUUUGUCACACUUCGAUCAGCUUCUCUUGUCUUGUCAAAGUGAACAAACAAAACGAAGAUGCGCGCUAUUUUGUUCCUCGCCCUCUUGGCCCCGAUCAUGGCCUUUGAUGUCCAGAUCAACCAUUCUCCGGCUUUGUCCCACUUGCAAACCAAGCAAGCCAAGAUCAUGGAAGACCAAAUCAUCGCUUUCUUGGAAUGCAUUCGUGAUAUCCUCAACAAUGGUGACGCUGAAACCGGUCUCCCCAGCUUCAACCCUCUGGAAAUUGACGAACUCAAUGUUGAUUUGGACUCCCUGAACCUCCAAGGCAUCAGCGGUCACGUGAAUGUCAAGAACUUCCACUUGGCUGGUAUCUCCCACUGGGACCUGAAACAGCUCAAGAUCAGCGUGACCAUCAUCCCUGUUGGUGCUAAGAUUGUUGUUAAAGUCAGCUGGCCUGCUGGUGAUGUGUCUGGUACCUACGAUGCUGAUGCCAGCAUCUUUGACCACACCUUCGUUGGUUCCGGAAACAUUGCUGGUGACCUCUCCGAGUUGAGCUUUGAAUUGGAAGGUCAAGCUGUCCUCAACCCCAUCUCCAUCAAGUCUGCUAAACUUAAGGUCUCCCUUGGAUCUUCUGCUCUCCUCAUUGAAAACCUCGCCAUUGAUGGUCAGGAUGUCAGUGGACCUCUGCAGGAGUUUGCUGCUAACUUGCCCCAGUACUUGAAGGACAAUGCUGCUCUCAUUGAUCAACUUCUUAAGGACGUCGUCAUUCCAGCUAUCAACGCUCUUUUGGAUGCUAUCCUCAACGGUGGUGAUGGUCGCAUGUUGGAAAAUGAUAUCCCAAUCAUUGGCAAAUGCUUGUCCUCCAAACGUGUUUAAAUAUUUUCAGUGAAAAUAAGUUGGCUGUU